CCACAAUCCGUGUUCUUGAGUUGAGGUUUCUAUGGAAAGAAUAAAAAGAUUAAGAGCUUCAAGAAUCAAUCACUUUGGCUCUUAAAUUUGAAAAUUUCCUAUUAUGACUUUGAAGAGGUGAACAAAAUAGUUUUGAUCAAGGAAGGUAAAGUCUUUGAGGAUUUUAGCAUAUGGGUUGUUCUUUGGUGUUGUCACAUUUGGUUCACUGAAGAUUUUUAGCCCAUCAGUGUUCACAUGUGAACUCAGUUGUUGAUAUAUUCAGUACAUGUAUCGGAUUUUUUAGAUUGAUUUAACUUUAUAAUCGGUGAUCUGGGUAUUGUUCAAAACUGAUUUGGGGUGUUCAUUUGGCUUAAAUUAAGAACUGAUUGAUGAAUAAGCUGAAUAGUGGUUAGGGUUUUCAGAUAGGUUACUGUUUUUUGAAGUUGAAGGAUGUUUGGUCAUUUCUAGUUUUGAUUGAUGAAGUUCGCGUCUUGAAUAAUCUGUCAGUUAAAAGUUUGGAAAUUUGGUUAUGCCCAUAAACUACUGAGUGGAGUUAAAUUUUGAUCAAAUUUUGUUUUUCUUGUUUUUUGGCCUGGAUUUAUAUUUUACUAUUUGAGAAUUUAUGAAAGCUUUGGAGACUCUGGUAUAUGAAUAAAUUUUACCAGAUAGUUGUUAGUUAGUGAUCGUAAGAUUUUGUUACUCAACUGAUGGCAACAAAUUCACCGUCUCCGAAUUCAUCUCCCACUGCUGUGCCACCUUCACCACCCUCCACUACUCCACCACCAUCUAGCACUAGUCCACCACCGUCUAACACUAGUCCACCACCGUCUAACACUAGUCCACCACCAUCAUCACAGUCAUCUUCUCCACCUCCUACAACCUCCUCACCUUCUGAGCCUAAUGCAAAUCCACCUGACCCCUCCACACCUUCUACUCCAUCACCUCCUGCACAGCCACCUGUCUCACCACCACCUCCUCAAAAUACGUCUCCACCCCCAUUGCCAUCUACACCUUCUCCUCCUCUUCCUCAACAAACCAUUUCACCUACAUCACCACCGCCACCAUCUCCACCUGUAUCUAAUCCACCAACCAGUUCAUCUCCACCACCACCACCACCAGUAGCAUCCAAUCCACCGACGAGUUCAUCGUCCCCACCACCACCAGUAUCUAAUCCACCAAGGAGUUCACCUCCACCAGCACCAGUAUCUAAUCCACCAAGGAGUUCACCUCCACCACCACCAGUAUCUAAUCCACCAAGGAGUUCACCUCCACCAUCACCAGUAUCUACUCCACCAACGAAUUCCCCUCCACCACCACGACCAGUGGCCAAUCCACCAACAAGUCCACCUACACCAUCAAAUUCAUCUUCAUCACCACCAUCUGAUCCACCAAAAGCUUCACCUCCACCACCACCACAAACACCAUCUACUCCACCAAAUAGUUCGCCCCCACCACCACCAUCAUCAGUAAAGCCACCAGAAAGUUCUCCCCCGCCACCUCCAUCAACUGUUUCACCUCAAAGCCCACCGCCAUCACCAUCAUCCACCCCACCUACAAGUUCACCCCCUGCACCAGCAGUGCCUCCUAGUAAUGCAGCUCCACCUUCCAAUAAAACUCCUUCUCCACCUGCUUCGGGCGGAGCCCCAUCUCCUUCAAAUUCUUCUUCAAAGCUAUCUCCACCCUCACCUUUAAUAAGAAUGUCACCACCUCCUCGUCAAACUCCAGUCUCACCAAAUGUUAAUGGUUCUAGUCCUAUUUCCCCUGAAAGUUCCAAUCCUUCAGGUAAUGGCGGCAUCAGUACCGUGGGUCUAGUGGCUAUUGGCGUGGCUGUAGGACUCAUAGCACUUACCCUCAUUGGACUGGUUGUUUGGUGCCUGAGGAAGCGAAGGAAGGAGCCUUCUGCACUUCAUAAUGUUUACGUUGCACCAUCCCCUCUGGGCUCUCCCCCCAAAUCAGAAACAUCUUAUAUAAAUACAACAGCUUCAGCCCCCCUCAUAAGAAGUGGUGGUUCUGGCAGUGAAUCAGUGUAUUCGCCUAAAGAGCCAGGUGGAUUGGGUAAUUCAAGAUCAUUAUUUACAUAUGAAGAGUUAGUCAAGGCCACAGAUGGAUUUUCAGCUCAGAAUCUUUUGGGUGAAGGUGGAUUUGGCUCUGUCUACAAAGGUUAUUUGCCAGACGGGAGAGAAGUAGCAAUAAAGCAGCUAAAAAUUGGUGGGGGGCAGGGCGAGCGAGAAUUUAAGGCUGAGGUUGAGAUUAUUAGCCGUGUACACCAUCGACAUUUGGUUUCAUUAGUGGGUUACUGCAUUUCAGAGAGUCGAAGACUGCUUAUAUAUGACUACGUCCCUAAUAAUACCCUUUAUUUCCAUCUUCAUGGCGAAGGUAGACCAGUUCUAGACUGGGCAACACGUGUAAAAAUUGCUGCUGGGGCAGCUCGUGGAAUAGCUUAUCUCCAUGAGGACUGUCAUCCCCGUAUUAUUCACAGAGAUAUCAAGUCAUCAAACAUUCUUUUGGAUGACAACUUUGAAGCUCAAGUUUCAGACUUUGGGCUUGCCAAAUUAGCUCUUGAUGCAAAUUCACACAUCACCACACGUGUUAUGGGAACUUUUGGGUACAUGGCCCCUGAAUAUGCAUCAAGUGGCAAGUUGACUGAGAAAUCUGAUGUAUUCUCUUUUGGAGUUGUGCUUUUGGAGCUGAUUACUGGCAGAAAGCCCGUGGAUACUUCCCAACCAAUGGGAGAUGAGAGUCUGGUUGAGUGGGCUCGACCAUUGCUAAGUCAAGCACUUGAUAAUGAGGAAUUUGACGGUUUGGCUGAUCCAAAGCUUGGAAAAGACUAUGUUGAAAGUGAAAUGUUUCGGAUGAUUGAGGCUGCUGCAGCUUGUGUACGACAUUCAGCUGCCAAGAGGCCACGUAUGGGGCAGGUUGUCAGAGCUUUUGAUAGUUUAGCUACUUCAGAUCUAAGCAAUGGAAUGAGAGUUGGUGAAAGUGAGAUUUAUAACUCUGCACAACAAUCUGAAGAAAUUAGAUGGUUUCGAAGGAUGGCGUUUGGUAGUCAAAAUUACAGUACUGAUUUUUUUAGCCAGGUUAGCAGGGGUAGUUAAGAGGAAUGGUAAAUAUUGGUGGAGAGUUGUAUUCACAUUUAAAGCAUGAGGGUUUGCCUUGCCAAAAUGGAUCCAUGUUCAAGUUGAUAUCUGCACAGACAUAGCUCAGCUGAGAGCCUGAGGCAUGGUAAUGCCUCGGUCUCUUGAAUUGACCCCAUUUAUGCAUAGAGAUUGAUUUUUCAAACCCUCAACACUUGUAAUUAGGUUCUUGAGCAUCAACAUAUUACUGCAAUUCUAUGAUCUUGUAAUUACCCUUAGCAAAUUUUUCGUACAACGUCAUUUAUGAUGA